CGCAGUUGUGUCCUAGAAGACCUGGCGGAAGGCUCCUACACACCGGACAAUGCUGGCGCUGCUUCUGGCGCUUGAACCGACAGCUUUGCUGCUGCCGACUCCCAUGAGCGGGCGGCGGGCGGUGGGAGCGUCGAGCAGCCCGAGCCGCAGCAGCCGAGUCACCGCGCUGGACCGGCGCCAGGCCGUCACCUCCGCCGCCGCCGCCGCCGCCGCAGCUACUCUUGGCGUCUCCACCGCCGCCAUCGCUGAUGGCAAGCCCAAGGUCGUCGUCUUUGGUGGCUCAGGCUACGUCGGCGCAUACGCCUCGCGGCUGCUCCUCGGCAAGGGUGCUCAAGUCGUGUCCGUGUCUCGCAAGACGCCAGCCGAGCAGGCGGACAAGGUCAAGGCGAUCCUCGGCGCUCCCCUCGCUGGCGUCGAGUACGUGCAGCUCGACGCCAGCACUGGCGACCUGAGCGGCGUGCUUGGCGGCGCCGCGGCCGUGAUCUCGUGCAUCGGCAUCGCGCCGGGCGGCGCCAACAUGCGGGACGGCAACGGCCUGGUCAACGUCAAGAUCGCUGCGGCUUCCAAGCUGGCCGCGGUGCCAAAGUUCGUCUACCUCGGCCUCGCGUCGGAGCUCGCCAGCUCGCCCAUCAAGUUUGUCUUUGGCGACUACGUCAAGGGCAAGGCCGAGGCCGAGGCGGCGGUCGGCAAAGACUACCCAUCCGCCCUCGUGCUCAAGCCUGGCAUCAUCGCGGGCGGGCCGCCGGGCGAGGUGCGGCCGCCUGGGCCGCCGGGCAUGGCGCCGGUGGCGGUAGAGGAUGUGGCACGAGCGGCGGUGGCGGGCGCGCUGGGCAACGCUGCCGGGACGGUGGAUGGGAACACGGCGAUCGCGGCUGCCGCGGCCAAGUAGGCAGCCGCGCGUGCUUGCAAGCAUGUCGAGUGGGAAGAGAAGAGCAGAGAGAGCAGGAAAGAUGGAACUUGGAGCACUCGGCUUAAAUUGGCACCUUUUUUUUC